GCGCCCGUGCGCGGCGCAGCCCGAGGGGUUCCCGCUCCCCCGCCUCAGCGGCGGGACUCGGGGGGGGGGUUUGGUUAAAUAAAACGCUCACCCUGCGCCUCGCGGGGGUUCCCUGCCUGGCUGUGGGGCAGCACGAAGCGCGGCCGCGGUACCGGGAGGUGCGGAGCGCAUCCCGGCGCGGCCAGUCCCGGGCGGUGCCGCCGCAAAGGCGCGGACCGGGCGGCGCGGCGCGGCCGGGCCGUGAUCCGUGCUCUGAUUGGCUGCUGCGGGACCGCGCCGCGUUCUGAUUGGCUGCGGCGGGACCGCGCCGCGCUCUGAUUGGUCCCGCGCGGAGUUGGGGGCGGUUUGAGCGGCAGCGCCCGGCGCGGCGGCGGCUCCCGGUCCGGCACGAUGCUGCCCCUGUCCUUGCUGAAGACGGCGCAGAACCACCCCAUGCUGGUGGAGCUGAAGAACGGGGAGACGUACAACGGGCACCUGGUGAGCUGCGACAACUGGAUGAACAUCAACCUGCGGGAGGUUAUCUGCACAUCACGGGACGGGGACAAGUUCUGGAGGAUGCCCGAGUGCUACAUCCGCGGCAGCACCAUCAAAUACCUGCGGAUCCCCGAUGAAAUCAUCGACAUGGUCAAGGAGGAGGUGGUGUCCAAGGGCAGAGGCCGUGGGGGGAUGCAGCAGCAGAAGCAGCAGAAGGGCCGUGGCGUUGGAGGGGCUGGGCGAGGUGUGUUCGGCGGCCGUGGCCGAGGAAUUCCAGGCAGCGGAAGAGGCCAGCAGGAGAAGAAGCCGGGCAGGCAAUCAGCCAAGCAGUGAGGGCCAGGGACACUUCGGGUUUUGUCACCUCAGGGCUGCCACGUGUCCAGGAACGUUCCCUUUCCCACUCCUCCGUCAGAACCAGAGCCCAAACCAUGCUCCUGUGGAAGCCCCUCACGUGGAGUUUUCCCUCCUUGUAGUCAGUAAAUCAUUGGAAAUAUUUUUUAAAAAUUCAUGGUUAAGGAGCGAGGUUCUGCCUUCUCCUGAGAGUGAGUUUUUUUCAGGCUUACCAGGUUUAAUUUAAAAUAUUUUCCCGUUCAGAGGUACCAGUAUGAAGGCAAACACUUUCUGGAUUGCUUGGAUUUUUUUUUUUUAAUUUUUUUUUUUUAAUACUUGAAACUUGGGAAACUUGUUUUGUUUGUAACAGAUGUGUUUUGGUUUAAAAACACUGAACUUGAGGAUGUUGAGUUCGUAAUGAAUAGUCCUAAAGGUUUGGGGUUUUUUUAAACCAACAAACUUUCAAGCUUUGCUUUUCUUCUCCUGGCCAGUGAGUUCUGUUUCUCCAGUGGCUCAAAGGAGGGAUGAACAUUGGCCUCCAAGGCUUGUUCCCAAGAGAGCUUUGUGACAAAUGAGCAUUUCCCAAUUAGUUCAUCGCUAAUUUGACUUCAGAUUGGAAGUUUCCUUCAAAGGAACAGGGUUUUUUUUUCUCUGUGGUUUUUGCUGGGUUUUUUUGGGGUUUUUUUUUGCAUGAGGCUGAUGCACCCCUUAUUCUUCAUGGGGGAUUUAAAUUUAAUUUUCGAAACAUCAACUUGAUGUUGAUUUACACGGAUUUGAUUUUGAAAACUCUCUCCCUUCUGCUGUGACACCAAGUCUUGAGCUCUCAGGACAUUUCUCAGCCUAAUUUCUCCCAUUGGUGGCUGGUGAUUGACCUCGCUGGCUGUACCUGUCACUUCCUCCCCCUGCCACCAAUUACCCUCCCUUGGGGACAGCGUGUGAACGUGUCCCUCCUGCAGCCUCAGAAAACUCCUGGGAAUUCCCAGGGCAGGUUACUCCAGUCUUCCAUCCCACACACCCUCAGAACAUCCUGGCUGGCCCCAGCUGAGCACACGGUGGGGAAGGAACAGCUCUGGGUGUGCCUCAAACCCCCCCCUGGAUGGAUGAAACAGCUGAAUUUUGGGGGGGAAAACUGCUAUUGUGACGUGUUUUGAGCAGGUUUGGAGUUUGUCUGACUGGUUCUCAUACUGGAGGCUCUGCCAUCGCCGCUGUACUGAAAAGGAGUGAAGAACUUGCUUUUAUAGACUUAUUUUUUUAAUGUUUGUAGAACUGGGCACAGUGGUGAGUGAGAAUAAAAUCUCCAGCCUCUCGCA